AUGUCUGCCCCCUCGUCGCCGCGGCAGGAGUCCGGCGAACCCAUAAUGCCCCUGAGGAUUAAUAAGUCACAGCAGACUCAGAGAAAGAUUUUCGAGGCGAUGAAAGAUGAAAAAACACACAAGACCAAAGUCGCAGGUACCGCCAACACGCGCAACAUCCGGUCCUUCUGGAACGACCUCGAAAAAAACAAUGACAAGUUCACCCCCAAACCGCCACAGUCCAACGUCUACAACUCGCCUAACCCGCAGUUUGUCAACUCGUCGCCCCACUUCUCCUCUCUCGAGUUCAGAGAGGGUUCUCCAGGAUACGAGCCACCGCCAGGAUCACUGGGCCGUCCUCUCAAGCAGGUAAUUCGACGGGCCAACUCCAACUCCCGGCUCCAUGGUCCGCGGGAGUUUUCGCCACAGCCCGGAAGCCCUUCUUCAGACUACGGUAGUCCUCCUAUUGGCGGAAUUGAUGAGGUGCUGGAAACUCCGGUGGUCAAGCAGGAGUUUGAACCUAUCCAGGAGUACUACCAAGAGGACUACCAUGGUGAUGAUAACUACGAGGUUCAAAAUGGGCAGCCAGCGCGCGAAGAAGACGGCAGCCUCUCCCGCCUGGUCGAAGAGGAAGGCAACCUGACCCGCUCAAAAUCCAAGAAGAACGUGACCUUCAACAUGGAGCCUCCGUCCAUUGUCAUGUACGAGACGCUGACCCCCGAGUUGGGUCCCGAAUCUCCUCUGAUGCGAUCCGAUGAGGAGUUUUCGCCUCAUGAGGAUGAUAUCCACGACAACCACCCAGUCAUUGAGCCCGGCUUCAACGACUUUUACAACGACGACAUCAUCACUCCAAUCUCUGCUCCCCGACGACCUCUCCCUAUGAUUCCCCAGGUUGAUUUGAUUGAUAGUGAGAGCGAUGGUGAGGGUACACAACCAGAAAUCCAUGCUCCUGUAGAUUUGGAUUCUCCAUCGAUUGAAAACUCCGUCAAGGCCGUCUUUUCGCAACGUUCUCUAUCCGACAACAAACUGAACAUGAUUGAAAACACGAUUGAUGACGCUCACCAGGUGUCGCUCGAGUCACGUGGCCACAAUUCCCUCGGACCCGACUCAAAGGAGUACAUUCGAGAGGCUCUUAUCGACCAUCAACUUCCUGAAGAAUCUCCUAUGGUGGGCUCGUUCUCCGAGUACGAGCAGGGUCAGUACGAGGCUCAGUUUGAUCACAACGGCCGGCUGGUCAUUCCCGUGAACCUCACGCGAAAAGAAUCACUGUUGGACAACGAGCGCAAGAUUUCCACCAAACAUCAUGUGCCUACAAUUGACUCUCACAGCGACGAGAAGGCUCAGAUGACCCGACGAGUGUCUCAGCGACGACGCUCCGUCAUCAAGGCGUUGGAGAACGAAUCUAAGCCUGCUGAGGGUGUGAUUAACGAGGAAGAUGAGGAAGAUGAGGAGGAUGAGGAAGACGAGGAAGAGGAGAGCGAGGACGAGGAGAGCGAGGACGAGUUCCAGGACUCCGAAGAGAUGAUCGGAGAAGCUGGAGAGACCGCCAAGGAGGCUACAGUGACACAAGCCGUUCCUUCAGUGAGUGACGUUGCUGCUGUCGCCUCUACAAUUGGUGUUGCCGAGGCACCUACACCUUCAACAGAGGCUCCCGUGCACUCGGCUUCGGCCGCCUCUAUCGCCUCCACCGGCCUAGAGAACGACUUCCAGGACUCCAAGGAGGAAUUCUCCUUCUCUGAGGGACUCAAUGAGGCGCUUAAGAACGAGUACGAGGGCAACGUGCAUCUGUCACAGAUUCUGCCCGACGAGCUGUCAGAGCAGGCACGUGACAUGAGUGAUGUUCCUGGCGAGCACACCGUUCAUACGUCUUCUGUUGAGACGCCUGUACCUCUUCCUGCUGUAGAGCAUGAGGACUGGUCGUCUUCGUUCAGCCACGUGACAAAGACGGAGUCGGAAGAGUCCAAGUCUGAGUCGUCAUCUUUUGCCCACUCAUUCAACCAGACCACCACAGAGCUUCAUCCUGAAGAACGUUCCGUCGUCCACAACGAUGCCCCCACUGACGAGGAGGAUGAGGAGGAAAGUGAGGAGAGUGGAGAGGAGGAAGAGGAUGAGGAGGAAGAGAGUGAGGAGGAAGAAGAAGGCUCUGAACAGGAGCCGGAGGAAGAUGAGGAGGAAGAGGAAGAGGAGACGGCGGCUCGUCUUGUCCAACCCGUCCAGCAAUCUGACAUCGGUGACGCUUCUGUCAUGUUUGACCGUUCAGUGCGCAACAUAAAGACGGAGGUGGUGGACGACAUUCUUCCUGGUUCUGAUAUUAAGACCGAGCCUGACAAUUUCGACGACUUCAAUCCCGACGAGAUUCUCGCGGAUAUUCCUCGUGGCGACUUGUCCAUGAACGAGUCUAUGAGCGGUGCUGGACGGGACUCUGGACGAUUCUCCUUCGGUCCUGAGUCGUCUUUCAGCGUCAAGAAGGCCGAUGAGACGAUUGAUGACUUUGUUCCGGCUGUCCCCGAGGUUCCUGCUGAGCAUCUGAACCGCGAGGCGGUAGGAGAUAUUCUCACAGACUUGAACAAGGAUACAGAGCAGAACCAGGGAGAUGAGGAAGAGGAAGAGGACGAUGUUGAAGAAUCGGAGACUGAGUCGGAAGAGACGGAAGAGUCUGUUGAAACCAAAUCACUGGCCGACUUUACAGCGUCUACGGCCACUGAUCACGUGGCUUCUCACGUGCCCACAGACCCCGAGGACCAAUCUCACUCCGACAUUGAGUCCGAAACUCCUCUUCUCGUUACCAAGCUGCGUCAAGCUCCCGUGGCUGCUGCUCCUGAGUAUGAGGAUGACGACACUGCUCCUGUGACUGUAUCUUCGUUUUCGGACUUUUCGCUUCCACAACACCGUGACUUUACUCCUCUCAUGGGCUUUGAGUCUCCUGCUGAGCAGGACUCUCCCAUGAAGACCACCGGUAUUCUCACUAGUGGCGUCAAGGGAGAGAAAAGAGACAUUACGCCGUUUUUCCCCAAGAUGGAUAAGUUUGAGGGAACUGAUGCGACACGUGACGUGUCGGCCGAGUCAGAUGGCCGCUACGACGAGGCUGAUGAGUCAGCCAUUCAAGGUGCUCGAGCUCUGAUUGCAGACUCGGAGAUGCGGCAAUCACAAGAUGAGGCCAUAGAACAAUCACAUGACUAUGAUUUUGGCUCCGAGUCUGAGUCCGAAUCCCCUGUCAAGGGCGAGUUUGUCAAGAGCGAACCCGUGGACGAGAUUGUGCACGAGCAGUUCAUCAAGCACGAACCUCAGCACGACCCCAUCAAACCCGAGCCGCAGUUUGAGCUUGUUGAGCCGGAGCGAGACGAGGCGCGUGACAUGACGCGUGAUGACACUGAGUCGCACGACGUCUCUUCAAUCGGCAUGAUGACUGCUCUCAACGACUCUCGGCUUGUGGAGGAGGCUGGCGUUGCCAAUGAGGUGGUGCCUCCGAUGCCGGCAAUUCCUGCCGAGCUUGAGCAUGAACUUGCACCGGUAGCCACUACUCCAGUGGCAGCAACUACGGAGACGGUGGAGAACACGGUUAAUCAGACCGUUGACUUGCCUGUCCUUCCCGUGGCAGAGUUGGAGCGUACUGCUGAGGCUGCGGCCGAAGCUGUUGUCCAUCAGCCCGAGGGUGCGCCAACGAGCCCGGUGGUUGAUGCGCCAACUACCCCCGUGACAUCGAGCUCUCCGUUUGUGUCCACCACUCCUCGAAGCAUGAUCAUUGAUGACGUGCCAGUAAAUAACCUGAACCGGCCUCCUGUGGUUGGAACUAGCGCUGCCAUUGAUCCUGUCACCAACAAGCCCAUCAUCCCAGUGACACGUGACCGAAUGUCUGUUCCUCGUGUUCCUGUUGGUGGUGCUGUUCCUGGAGCGGCUGCCACUGCAGUCGGUGCCACUGCAACAUCCAUGUCUACUCUGCCCAGCCAAGUGGGACUCAUGACAAUGCUGCAGGAGAGCGAGUCCGAGCCAUUAAACGGAGACAUUCCCCCCGUUCCUUCCUUGCCGGAUAUUCUCCCUGCCGAGUUGUCAGGCGCUGAACUCGACGACGGGCUCGACAACGAGUUUGACCCCGAUGCUACCCCCGAGUCAGUCAAUGUGUCUCGCUCUCUUGCAGCUCCCGUGAUUCCCACGCCCAAUCUACCGACGCCCAACUUCCACACGCCUCUCGGCCAGUUUGGAGUCUCUCCUGACGUUCACCAGCGGCCCAAUAACUCCAUUGUGCCUGAACAGGUGAGUGUCUUGCCUGAGUGGAGUGAGGGCGGAGAGGAGGAUAUGUCUGCUCCAGGUGUGAUUGCCGUAGGUGCUGACAGCGGAGAUGUGACUACUUCUGUGCCAUCCAGUGCUGGAGCUACUGCACCACCUCUUCCUUCGGUUCCCACACCAGCACUUCCUGCUAUCCCUGGAGAGCAUACAGAAGCUGGAGAGCACACAGAUGGUCGUUUUGAUUCUGCUCACACGACUGGACGAUUUGAAUCAGCCGAUGAAGGUGGUCACGUGAAGAAGGAGUUCUCUCAGUAUUCUCUUUCUCUGGAUCACUCUCCCGAAUCCCAAUUUGGCGACCAGUUCAAGCAGUAUGACGUCAUGCAAGAUAUUCCCGUCAAAGAGGAGUACGUGCCCGAGGAUCAGCAGACCAUCAAGAUGCACGGCCGCAACAACUCGAUUCGGGCACGCAAGUCGCUGGCUCACGAUGAGGUGUCGCGGUUCACCCACGCCCGUCGCAAGGUGUCUGGGGACUUUGGAGGUCUCGGUUAUAACGAUACGAUGCGAGAUCUGAGCAGCCGAGGUUCUGACGACUCCGAAUAUGACGACCAUCUUCAACGGGAGAUUUCGCAGACCCCCAUCAAGCUUCCGGCUCCGAAGCUUGAGUUCUCCAUCGAGGACUUGACUGAGGACACCGAGAGUAUGUUUGCGGAUCUGGAGAGCGAGUUUGACCGGGUGAUCAGCGUGCAGAAACGUGGCUACUCGCUGCGGGAGAACAAUCGUAUCGUUAUUGCUAACGGUCCAGCUCGGGAGAUCAACCGGCGACUUUCUGGCCCUGUCAAGAAGUGGGAUGGAGGCAGCAAUGUUGCUGAACCCACUCCUGAGAUGCCUCCCAUGCCCGAGCAGUACAAAUCUAUGGUCGGUGAUCCUGAAGUGAGUGGAGUUGGUGCGACAGGAGGGGUUGGUUCUGCUGUUCCUGGGGCAGCACCUAAGACUGUUCCAGCACCUGCCUCCCAAAUCCGGUCCAAAAAGACCAUUCCGUCGUCUCAGCGAAUGCCCACGGUCGAGUCUGGACGUCUUUUCGUGCGCCUGCUCGGUCUCAAGGACCUGGAUCUGCCUAGUGUGGACUCCAAGAACGCUGUUCUGUCUCUGACCAUGGACAACGGUAUCCAUUGCAUCACCACGCCUUACGAGUCUCUCCGCAAAUCUACGCGUCUUGAUCAGGAGUUUGAGCUCACUGUGGAGAAGGAUCUGGAGUUCAUUCUGACGCUGCGAACACGAUGGAAGCGCAAGCUGCCCCCCAUGGUCGCUCCGGUGGUUCAGCGACGGCCCAGCAACUCGUCCAUGUCCACCAAGAACAAGCUGGGCAAGCUGUUUGGCAAAAAAUCGGACCCUCGGCUCAAUGGCGGCACUCCAGCAGCUCCAGCGGCUCCUGCAGACCCCUGGGAUGCCCUCACUGCCAAGGACGGCUCGUUUGGCCGGUCGUACAUUGCAUUUGCGCAGUAUGAGCAGGAGAUCUAUGGCAAACCGGGCGUGUUUGAGGUCAACUGUUUCAAUGAAUGGACCGAGGUCAACGGCAAGAAGCGCCAACCUUACAAGAUUGCAAAGCUGGAGAUUGAACUCAUGUACAUUCCCCGCGGUUCCAAGAGCGAGACUCUGCCCGUUUCUAUUGAGGCUGCUCAGGAGACUCUCAAGGAGGCCUCAGCCAAGACUCAUAUUGAAACGGAAGGUUUCAUGAGCCAGCAUGGAGGUGACUGCAAGUACUGGCGACGUCGGUACUUUACCCUUCGAGGCACAACUCUGACGGCGUACUCGGAGACUUCUCGCAAGCCUCGUGCUACUAUCAACCUGGCUAAAGCUGUGGCAGUCAUUGCGGACAAAUCUGCUCUGUCGCAGCCCACAGUCGAGGUGGGCCGAGACAAGCAGCGGCGCAAGUCUGUGUUUGCUGCCGAGUCGGAUGGCUUCAUGUUUGCCAACGAGGGUUUCCGCCUCCGGUUUGCCAACGGCGAGAUCAUCGACUUUUACGCUGACUCCGAGGCCACCAAGGACACUUGGGUGUCGCAGCUCCGCGGUGUGGUUGCUACACAGGCCAAGGCCCAGCCGUGGGUCGACCUAGUACUUGCCCGACGCGAGUAUGAGAAGAACACUAUGAAGUGA